AUGUUAGAAAAGAAAGAGGAAAAGAGUAAAUUAGUAGGAAAGCAAAUUACAGAAAACAAGGGUGAUGUAAAGUCAAGUAAACAAGAGAAAAACAUACAAGAGUCUGACAAAGUGAAACAAAGUAGAGAGUGGCAAAGUGAAGCAAACAAGGGUGAUGUAAAGUCAAGUAAACAAGAGAAAAACAUACAAGAGUCUGACAAAGUGAAACAAAGUAGAGAGAGGCAAAGUGAAGCAAACAAGGGUGAUGUAAAGUCAAGUAAACAAGAGAAAAACAUACAAGAGUCUGACAAAGUGAAACAAAGUAGAGAGAGGCAAAGUGAAGCAAACAAGGGUGAUGUAAAGUCAAGUAAACAAGAGAAAAACAUACAAGAGUCUGACAAAGUGAAACAAACAAGAGAGAGGCAAAGUGAAGCAAACAAGGGUGAUGUAAAGUCAAGUAAACAAGAGAAAAACAUACAAGAGUCUGACAAAGUGAAACAAAGUAGAGAGUGGCAAAGUGAAGCAAACAAGGGUGAUGUAAAGUCAAGUAAACAAGAGAAAAACAUACAAGAGUCUGACAAAGUGAAACAAAGUAGAGAGAGGCAAAGUGAAGCAAACAAGGGUGAUGUCAAGUCAAGUAAACAAGAGAAAAACAUACAAGAGUCUGACAAAGUGAAACAAAGAAGAGAGAGGCAAAGUGAAGCAAACAAGGGUGAUGUAAAGUCAAGUAAACAAGAGAAAAACAUACAAGAGUCUGACAAAGUGAAACAAAGAAGAGAGAGGCAAAGUGAAGCAAACAAGGGUGAUGUAAAGUCAAGUAAACAAGAGAAAAACAUACAAGAGUCUGACAAAGUGAAACAAAGUAGAGAGAGGCAAAGUGAAGCAAACAAGGGUGAUGUAAAGUCAAGUAAACAAGAGAAAAACAUACAAGAGUCUGACAAAGUGAAACAAACAAGAGCGAGGUAA